CUAAUGUUGAAACUGACAUCGUCUUCGUCGUGUUUUAGUGUGUGAAUAUUGUUGCCAUAUCGGGAGGUUGUAGGUCGUCUGUUCCUGUUUUCAUCAUCUUCAUCGAUUUGCUGCAACAAUGGGAGGGAAGUGUUUCAAAGCAGUGAAAGGAGGAACUCGAGAAAGUCCUAAGCAAGAAUUGAAAAUACCUCUUCGUGAUAUUCAACUGGCCACUCAAAACUUCUCCCAGGACUACAUUGGUACAGGAAUGACUUCCAGUGUUUAUAAAUGCCUUCUUCAUGAUAGGGUUGUUGCAGUGAAACGAAUGAAUAUUAUGGUGGGGUACUCUUAUCUGAAGGGUGAAAAGCGCUAUAUUCGAUUUGACUUCGUGUUCGUGGUUGAUGCAAAGGCAUUACAUGAUUUCCAACAUCCAAAGAUCGUCAAGUUUGUUGGAUUCUGCCAGGAAGGGAAUGAGAGGCUUGUUGUUUCUGAGUACAUCAACGGAAAAAAUCUGCACCAGUGCUUACAAGGUAAUCCAAAUGCAGUUCCUUAUAUUAGUUGGAAGCAAAGAUUUCAAAUCGCAGUUGAUAUAGCAGAAGGUAUUCAGUACCUUCAUCAACAAGGAGUAAUCCACAGGCGCUUAAGGUCUACGAAUGUGCUCCUUGAUCAGAAUUUAACUGCUAGAAUAGCAGAUUAUGGUUUCAGAGAAAUCAGAGAAACAUACACCCAAUCUCGUAUUUGCGACAGAGGACCCAUUUCAGGUGCUCUAGAAUACCUCUGCCCUCAGUACAUGACACUGGGAAUUGCCAGCAAAAACUCUGAUGUCUAUGCCUAUGGCAUUGUUUUACUUGAGUUGUUGAGUGGAAAGAACGCGCUUGGGUUGUUUUAUUGGGUUUCUGACAGAGUGAAAGAGGGGAGAUAUUUGGAUAUCUGUGACCCUCGAAUUAUUUCAGAGAUUGAUGAUCAAAUAUUCAAAGUAGCUGUUGAUAUUGCUAUGCAAUGCACUGCUGCUAAUUUGAGUGAUAGGCCAGAAAUCUCAGAUGUGGUUGUUGCUUUGGGUGCUUACCGUAAUGUAGUUGUCUGA